AUGCAGUGGUUGGUUCUUCUGGCACUGCUACCCGGACUGGCUGCUGCACCGUUGAAGAAAUGGCAGGUCCUGGGACCCUUCGUCGUGGGUAAAAAUGAGUUGGAUGGUGAGCCCUGGAAGGCUCAAACGAACGGCUCACGCGCAAACGGCGCGAACGUCUCGGAGCUGGGCGAUGUGCAAGUCACCUCGCGUCGAGCUGAAGCCAAUGGCCUGGUCGCGGUUCAGUGGGAGGUGGAUUGGCAAUCGUUGGUCUCGUUCGUGGGCGGCCAUGAGCUUUUGGAGUGGCAAGCGCUUGCCUGGAGCAGCUUCAAAGCCGAGGGCUUGGUGCAGCUGCGUUGCCAAGGAGUUGCAGCCUUCACCGUGGAUGACAACAUCACCUUGGUGGGUGAUCUCUACUUUGCUCAGCUUCCGCCACAUCCGGUGCACUUGAGCCCUGGCAGCCAUCGACUCUCAAUUCGCUUGCGGGGCAAGUUGAAAACACAGUUCAGUUGCCAUUUGGAGAAGGUCAAAGAAACCUCUUCCAAGAUACUCCUCUUUGGCGAGAGCUUUCUGGCGGUUCCCGACCUCUUGGUCCUGGAGAGCGAGCCCUCCGUUGUCCAUGUGUGUGGUGAGCGCCUGGCGCUGGGCGUGGCCAAUCAGGAUCUGAAGGAGUGGAUCACUGAGCUUCGACCGAUCUUGCUAUCACCCGGACGCUUGAGUCUGGCCGCAGAGCAACCAGCGACCUCGCCCUUAGCACCGGGGCAGAUGGCCAGAAUUCCCGUGAACUUCGAGGCGAAUGCAGGAGCCACCUGCAACGCAGACGAGGAAGUGAUGCUGGAGCUGGCGUUCGAGGGAAAAAUCGCUGGACGAGUGCUGCGCAGUGGAGGGCUGAAGCUCCGCUUGAAGUGCCGCCACGCGAAGCAGAGCUUCGUCUUCACCUUCCAGGAUGUGGAUGGCUCCACGCAACAUGCGGCUGCCGUGAUGCCUCAAAGCUGCAAAGGCGACUGCCCUGUCCUGGUGACCUUGUCUGGCACCAGCAUCUCUGCUCGGGACAGCUCCUCGAUCCCGCGGUGCAGCUUAGAGCUGACGAAGGUCACGGAUGUGUUCCUGGACUUCGACGGGACGCUCACGACCUCGAAUCAUGCGGGGGUGUCUGGCUAUUGCUUGCCCUUGCUGGAACGAUGUGGACACCUUCGUGUUUCUGAUGCCCUGGACGGGUCGGGUGUCUCAACCUGGAGCGACUUGGACCUGCGAAUGGCCGCGGCGACGGGCGAGGUGGCCUUGGACUAUUCUGACAGCUCAGUGCUGGGUAGCUGGGAGGUGCGCAGACAGCUGCAAGGAUCCCUAGAGACUUUGGUCUUGCAGGGUUUGAGGAUACAUGUGCUAACUAUGGGAACACCUCAGACCUGCAAGGCGCUACUGGCAGCUGGUGGCUACGAUGUGAAUCUCUUCAGCCAUUUCCUGGGACCUGCCGACAUGGCCAGGAAUCAAGGCUUGCGGCAUUUGUUCGACCACAGUUCGGAUGUUGGCUCAGCCGAGAGCUUUGAGUUCGAUGUUCAGGAAGAUAUCGACGCCUUGCAUCAUUUGGAGAAGACGGGCGAGGGGAGUCCGAUUCUAGAACGCAUCAUGAGCAUGGAGACACAACUCUACAAAGCUUCACUGAUCCUCUCCCUCGCUGGCCAAGGCGCUGAUGCCUACAAGAUGAAGCACAAGAAGGACAAAGACUAUCGCUUCGGCUUUAAGGAUGCUUGGCUUCUAGCGCCUACUCGACAUGGUGCUCACAACUGGGAAGGCCCCGGAUUGCUCACGGCCAUCCACUCGCUGGACGCGCUGCGGUCCUUCGCAAGCCGCGGAGAGCACGGUCUGCCGUCCGUGGACGUGGGACGAGUGCUGGUGGCCGGGCACUCCAUGGGAGGCCAUGGAGCAUGGCUUUUCGCGUGUCAUAUGGACGUGCUGGGCGUGAUCAGUUCUGCGUCGUGGCUCCGGAAAGAUCAGUACUCCGACUCCAAUAAGGUCUUCCUCCAUGACGUGGCGACAGCCUUUGUGGAACCAACCCUGGCAGCCUUGCUACGGCAGGCGGAGUUGGACUUCGAUGUGGAGGCACAAGCAGCUAGCCUGGUGCACUUACCCGUGCUCAUCCGCGUGGGCAGCCGUGACAGGACGUCGCAUCCCUGGUUUAGCCGCCGGAUCUACCGGACCCUACGAUCCUUAGGCGCUCAGGACGUGACCCUCUCGGAGAUCCCUGACAAGGAACAUUGGUGGUGGGACACCGAUGAGCCCAACGACGGCGGCGCCGUCAACGACCCGGAGAUCCGCCACUUCGUGGCGCGAGUGCUGACCGAGCAGGCGGCCGAGACGCCGCGCAGUUGGCGCCUGUUGGGCAUGGCAUCGAAGGGUGGCUUGUCCUUGUGGCCGCAGCGGGCGGAUCGGCAAGCCGAGGUCUUUGUGGAGCUACCGGAAGGUAGCGCAGCAGUGCUCCGCACCUCGAACGUGCGGCGCCUGCAGUGGCGUCCGUCUCCGCAGCGCCAGGGGGUGAAGCAAGCCCUCGUGGACGGCGAGCUUUUGGUGGUGCCGGAGGAUGAGGUCGCGUCGUGGUGCCUCCAAGAUGACCGAUGGCAGCUUUGCGGAAAGCUUCCACUUACGGAGCGCCAUGCCCGUCAGGCCGGGCCCCUCCGACGGAUCAUCUCUCAGCGCUUGUGUGGGCUGGCGGAUGAGGAGGGCCAAGAGGCUUUGCGCUUCUUUGGAAAUAUGCUCCUGAUGACUGGCCACGGCGGGAUUCGUCAGCUCUCCAUGCAGGAGGCCGUGGACGACGGUGUGUUGGUGCCUCCAGAGGAAUGUGAAGCUUUGUUGGUCCUGGGCACUCCAAUGUCAAACCCCGCAGCCGCCGCCCUUCUGAAGGGUCAGCACGGCACGCCGGGGCCGACGCGACGCCGGGGUGGUGAGACCCCGGUCGGUGACGCGGCGUCGGACGCCCUACAUUGGGCUGAGACACCGAUUGAUCCACCAUUCCGGCAUCUUCAGAAACUCGAUGGAAUUCAAGAAGUGUCGUCCAACGGGAAGUCAAGGGCACAUACCUUCCUGGUGGUCUCCAGCUUGACGACGGUCUUCCUCUUCUCGGGCACUGUCUUCGGAUGGGGUGCGCUCAGCUCGAUGCUACAGAGGGACGCUCGACGGAAUGGUCGUCUUCAGGAGGGCUACUAUGAUUGGCUUUGUGAUGCGCCCGAUCCGAACCACCCCUGUGAGCAGCAGCUGCAAGCGCUGAACAACGCCUUCACCCUAGCAACCACCUUUGUUUCCUUGACCGCCUUUGCGAACGGCUGGUUGGUGGACACCUUUGGACCCAUGAAGGUCACCAUCCUCGCAGGCGCCAUGAGUUGCGUGGGACUCAUGGGCAUCGCGCUCACGCGCGCGAUCCCCGGGACCAAGUCCGAGGCCAAGGGUGGCUUCGAUGUGUUUUUGUGGUCCCUCUUGCUGGUGGCCGUAGGCGGCAGCAUGACCAUGUUCAUCGGAUACCAAGCGCCCUUUGUCAUCCCAUCUCACUUCACUUUGCUGAUCGAGGUCAAUAGCUGUCUCUUUGAUGCCGGGACCAUCAUUUUCCCAAUCCUGAAGUUGCUCUACGAUGCGGGCGUGCCCUUCGCAGCCUUCUUUUGGACCUACACGGAGCUCAACGACAUCCGCGCCGCUGCGAGUGGCGACACCGACCUCGCCGGGUCCAGCGCGGCCGCGCCCGAGCGGCAGCGGCCGCUGGAGCAGCGAGGCAUGCUCUCGCAGAUGGCCAGCUGGGAGUUUGCGGCCAUCUUCAUCUACAGCAUCAUCCAGGUGCCACGAGCCAAUAUGUACAUGGGCUCCGUGGAGUUGGUGAACCGGAAGAUGGCGGAGGCGGAAGGCUUCAUCAUCCCCUUCGGCUUUUUGGCGGUGCCCCUCAUCGAGCUCUGCGUGCACCGCUUGGGCACCAUUCCCACGGUGCAGGUCACCACGUUGCUGGGGGUGGUCUAUAACCUCAUGCAGCUGAUCCCCAAGCUCUACCUGCAGCUGGCGACCGUUUGUGUCUUCGCUGCCUGGAGAGCCUUCCUCUACAGCACCAUCAGUGCCUUCAACGGCGAGACCUUUGGCGUCAAGACCAUGGGCCGCAUCAUGGGACUCUGUUUCGUCUUUAGUGGCCUGACGAACAUGAUCACUGGGCCUUUAGUCAACGCCGCGGUGGACAGCCAAAACUUCACUGCGUUGCUCGUGGAGGCCUUGUGCGUCUGCAUUCCGCUGCCCAUCAUCUUCCAACUCUUGCAGUGGAAGCGCUCCCGAGAGUCGCAUCCGGCCACUCAGAUCGAUGAAUCGAUGCAUUCAUGCGUCUCACUAAAACCAGUGACGCGGGUGAUGAAUGGUAGCAGCUGCUUCCAACGGGUGCCCAAUGGACAACCCUACACUUACAGGUCUCCAUUGAACACCCAUUGGAAGUGCUAG